AUGGACGUGGUACCAGCGCCAAGCGGGGACAAUCCCGUCAAGACCCCCAUGGUCGAAGUGGAGACCGUGGAGGCUGUAGACGCCGCGGAGUCGGUCAAUGCCGAGAUGGUCGCCUUCGAGGAGUCAUCCGAGUACGAGACCGACAGCGAUGAUUCAGGCUGGGAGGCUCUCUCUCAGGAUGGCGAUACCGUCAAGCUGCUGCGUGACGAGCAGCUGCGUGAUGGCCUUGUGCCCGGUGCGUGUACACUCGAUGAAGCGUUGGCAUUCCGCAAGCAACUACAUGCGUUGGGGAAAGCGGCCUUUGUUAGGGAAACCAUUGCGCGCGAGACCGUGACUGCAAAGAAACUAUGUACGGCCUUCGGUUUCCUGCCGCCUGCCUUUCUGGAGGGUGCGCCAGACGAGGCAUACCAUCCGCUCCUUGCGAUCGCGAUUUCACGGGAGUUCUCUAAGCGUCCGAAGCUCCCCCAGUACAAUACCGUCGACGAUGCUGUGCGGUUGCUUCGGGAGUCUAAGAAUAUCAUUGUUUUGACUGGCGCAGGUAUCUCAACUAGUCUUGGGAUUCCUGAUUUCCGUUCCAAAGAUACCGGUCUCUAUUCCAAGCUGGAGCACCUGGGGCUGAGCGAUCCCCAAGAGGAUAUCCUCCCUACAGAGAAGAAGUACUCCCCGACUCAUGGAUUCAUCAAGCUCCUGCAGGACAAGGGGAAGCUUUUGACCAAUUACACUCAGAACAUUGACAACAUUGAAGCGAAUGCCGGUGUUCUGCCGCAAAACAUGAUCCAGUGCCACGGAUCCUUUGCGACCGCUACGUGUGUCAAAUGCGGGUUCAAGGUCUCCGGGGACGCGAUCUUUGAUGAGAUCAAAGAAGGGAAAAUCCCCGAGUGCAGUGCUUGUCGCGAAGAGAUUGCCAAAGAUGCCCUCAAGCCGCAAGGUCUGAAGCGUAAGCGUAGUACAAAUGGACAGCAGAAGGACCGCAAGGAGUAUGAAGAUAGCUCUGACGAAGAGGACUACGAUAUCCCGACUCCCGGCGUGAUGAAGCCCGAUAUCACCUUCUUUGGUGAAGGCCUCCCCGACGAGUUUGGCCGCCGCCUUUUGAACCAUGACCGGGAAUUGGCGGAUCUGGUCAUUGUCAUCGGAACGUCGCUCAAGGUAGCCCCCGUAGCAGAAGUGCCGGGGAUCUUGCCGCGUGAUGUCCCCCCAGAUCUAUAUCUCGCGUACUCUAACUCGUCGCUGCAGCCGGUAUCGCAUACCGAAUUUGACAUUGAUCUGCUGGGCGAUUGCGACGUCGUCGUGUCAGAACUCUGCCGUCGGGCUGGCUGGGAUCUGCAACACCACAUGAUACCCGCGGAUGAGAAGGUAGAUGUUACUCCCGUAGAGGGAUACGAGUCACGACAUGUGUUUCAGGUAGUCGGCGCAUAG